CGCAAGGCCGAGUGAGCGGAAUGGAGGUCCGCGGCGAGCCCCAGGCCGGCGCCAGCUGCUCGUCGUGCCCCCGGGGACGCUCGGCGGGCCCGGUGUCCAAGGAGCUGCUGACGGCCGGGAGCGACGGCCGCGGAGGUAUAUGGGACAGGUUACUCAUCCAGCCCAAGCCUAACUGCAGAAAAAAUGCCACUCUUCAAACAGUUCGGGUAGAGAGGAGUCCCUUGUUGGACCAAGUGCAGACCUUUCUCCCACAGAUGGCUCAGGCAAAUGAAAAGCUUAGAAAAGAAAUGGCAGCUGCAUCACCUGGUCGUUUCAAUAUUGAGGAUAUUGAUGGGGCUCUUGGAAAAGUCAUACAAAUGGAUGUGGCCUUGUUUGAGAUGAAUCAAUCCAAUUCCAAAGAAGAGGACAGUUCAGAAGAGAGUUUGCAAGACAGCUCGGAGGACGACAGCUCAGAAUCUGAGGAGGAAGAUGAUAGCACCGCUUCUGAAGUCACCAUAGAUAACAUUAAGCUUCCUCAUUCAGAAGAUGGAAAAGGCAAGAUUGAGGUUUUGGACAGCCCAUCCAGUAAAAAAAUAGAAAUAGUAAAAUAAAUGGUCUCAGACACA